AUGGAAAAGGGUAUGAGCCGCCAGCAUACCCAGAUCAAGAGGAAGCAAAGCCGCCAAUCAAGAAGAAACCAAUGGAGUAUGUAUAUUGGAGAUGGGACUGAACCACCUAAGGAAGUCCAUGUCAGAAUAGAACCAGGAACUCAGGAGGAAGUGGAGAAGCCACCUGAAGAACCAAGAGUGUAUGAGCCAAAGAUCCCAUACAGAAAUGUUCUUUCUCAACCCAAGAAGGAGAAGGAGCAAGCAAAGCUCAAGGAUCUUGUUAGCCAACUUUCAGUAAGGUUGCCUUUCAUUGAUGCUUGCCAAAUAAUUCCAUCUCUCAGGAAGUAUAUGAAGGCCAUACUCACAAGCAAUGUGAGUCUUGAAGAAGGAGCAAUGAUGAUUACAAAGGAGUGUAGCGCCAUACUUCAGAAUCGCAUGCCAGAGAAGCUGAACGACCCAGGGAGUUUUGUUUUGUCUUGCAAGAUCGGUUCUACACACUUCCAUAGAGCACUUUGUGAUUUGGGUUCUAGUGUGAACCUAAUGCCUUACUCAGUGGCCAAGCUAUUGGGCAUCACUGACUUCAAACCUACAAAGAUAUCUCUAGUCUUUGCAGACAGAUCUGUUCGCCGCCCUGUUGGUGUUAUUAUGGAUGUUCCAAUCAUGGUUGGAGAUUGCUACAUCCCUGCUGAUUUUGUAGUUCUUGAGCUGGAACACCAACCUAAAGACCCUCUUAUCUUGGGAAGGCCAUUCCUAGCUACUGCAGGAGCUAUAAUAGAUGUCAAGAAUGGAAAGAUUGACUUGCAUCUUGGAGAUAUAGUGAUGAAUUUCGAGGUAAACAAGUCUAUGGAGAAACCAACUGUAGAUGGUCAAGCUUUUUGGAUUGGAGAGCUCGCAGAGACAAGAGAAGAAGUGCUGGAUGAACUCCUUCUUAUUGAUCCCUUGGAGCUAGCUUUGACAAAGGCUGAGAAUGAGUAUGGAUACAUGGAAAGAGAAGCUCAAGUGCUUAGUCAAGUUCAUGGAUUCCAAGGAAGCUUAUAA